CGACGUUUUUCAGGAAAAAAUAAUUUGGAAACGCCGGCGUGACCUUUAAAUAAACCAUAUAUUUAUUUGCGUACACGAAAUUCAGUGAUCACACACUUACCAUGGGAAUUUUGGGCUUAUCAAAGCUCAUAGCGGACCUGGCGCCCCAGGCCAUACGUGAGAGUGAAAUGAAGCAUUUCUUUGGACGUAAGGUGGCUAUCGAUGCCAGUAUGUGCUUGUACCAGUUCCUCAUAGCAGUGCGGUCGGAGGGAGCUCAGCUGGCGACAGUCAACGGAGAUCCCACGUCCCAUUUGAUGGGCAUGUUUUAUCGCACCAUCCGACUACUGGACAACGGAAUAAAGCCUGUGUAUGUGUUUGAUGGUAAGCCUCCAGAUUUGAAGUCCGGGGAAUUGGCCAAGCGUGCCGAGCGCCGUGAGGAGGCGGAGAAGGCCCUAAAGGCUGCCACGGACGCCGGCGAUGACGCGGAGAUCGAGAAAUUCAAUCGUCGCCUGGUUCGAGUGACCAAAGAGCAUGCUCGCGAAGCCAAGGAACUGCUGUCCCUGAUGGGAGUUCCCUAUGUAGACGCCCCCUGUGAGGCAGAGGCACAGUGUGCAGCGCUCGUCAAGGCUGGAAAGGUGUAUGCCACGGCGACGGAGGAUAUGGAUGCGCUGACAUUUGGGUCAACAAAGCUGCUUAGGUAUCUCACAUACAGCGAGGCGCGCAAGAUGCCCGUCAAGGAGUUUAGCUACGACAAGCUGCUCGAGGGUCUAGAGGUCAACAACCGCGAGUUUAUCGAUCUAUGCAUCCUCCUGGGCUGCGACUACUGCGAGAGCAUCAAGGGCAUCGGCCCGAAACGUGCAAUAGAGUUGAUCAACAACUAUAGGGAUAUUGAGACCAUACUGGAUAACCUGGACACUAGCAAGUACACGGUGCCUGAGAACUGGAACUACAAGGUGGCGCGCGAGCUUUUCAUUGAGCCGGAGGUGGCCGAUGCCUCUGCCAUUGAUCUCAAAUGGACGGAACCCGACGAAGAGGGACUGGUCAAGUUCCUCUGCGGGGACAGGCAGUUCAGUGAGGAGCGUGUUCGCAACGGUGCCAAAAAACUUUUGAAGUCCAAGCAUGCUCAGACCCAAGUGCGACUGGAUAGCUUCUUUAAAACAUUGCCCAGCACACCGAAUGCCGUGCAUGCAGCCAAGCGCAAAGCCGAGGAGGCAAAAAAGAGUGCCAACAACAAGAAGGCCAAAACCAGCGGCGGUGCCGCACGUGGCAGAAGACCCAAAUAGUUUUUCUCUACAAAAACGUACAAUUUCUUUAAUCUUAACUUAAACAUAUUUAAAGCCUACAAUUAAUAUUAUAACUACAUCGAUUUGAGCUUA